AUGAAGUGGUCAACUAGCUCACUGCUAGCGGCGCUGUGUGCUCCUAGCGCACUCGCCAUAACAUCUGAAUUCUGUCCACAGAAUGGCAAAGUCUGCUUCACCUGGGGCGUCCCAGAAGCCUCCGCCAGCUCAGGAUCCGGCCCCAUCUACUUCCAGCUCAAGGCACCAACAAGUAUGUCAUGGGCAGGUCUCGGUAUCGGCGACCGAAUGUCUGGUUCCCAGAUGUUCAUCAUGUACCAGGACGGAAAGGGCAACGUCACUCUGAGCCCAAGACCAGGAACAGGCAAUGUAAUGCCCAGGUACUCGAAAAUGGAUGGACUCGAGCUGUUGGAAGGUUCGGGAGUCAAGGAUAAUGAGAUGAUUGCCAACGUUCGAUGCAACGACUGCAAGAACUUGAACCUCAAGGGUUCUGACUUGUGGAUCGCCGCCUGGCUGUCUGGCGACUCCCUGGCUUCGACAAGCCCCUCCGAAGCCAUUUCUCAGCACGAUGAACACGCUACCUUUGAUGUCGACCUUGCCAAAGCCUCGAUGAGCUCCGAUAGCAACCCGUUCCUUUCCACCAACACAAAUCAAGGCAGCUCCAGCUCUGGUGGCGCUGCGUCCGAGACAUCCAGCCGCGGUGCAAGCAGCACGGUUAAGCUGGCUCACGGUAUCAUUAUGUCUAUUGUAUUCAUCGCUGGAUACCCUCUGGGCGCCGUUCUCAUGCCCAUGCUUGGCAAGUGGAUCAUCCACGCCGGUUGGCAGGUCGUUAUGUUGCUCCUGAUGUGGGCUGGAUUUGGACUUGGAUAUGUCUAUGCCAGAGACGGAGGCUAUUGGGGAAAGCAAGCUCACACCCGAAUGGGUACUGCAGUUUGUGCUCUGAUCACCCUUCAGCCCAUCCUUGGUUACAUGCAUCACCGAUACUUCCUCAGCCAUGGCGGGCGAGGCAUCAUUAGCCAUGUUCAUAUCUGGUUUGGCAGAGCACUCAUGAUCAUCGGUAUCGUAAACGGUGGCCUGGGUCUGCAGCUCGCAAACUCAUCUAAGGCAUAUAUCAUUGCGUACUCAGUCAUUGCUGGUCUUGCUGCCGUGCUCUACCUCGGUGCUGCCAUUGUUGGCGAGAGGCGACGAUCGGCUUCUCGUGUUAAGCAGAUUUCACCUCAGAUGUCUCAGGAGGAGGCACGAUAA